GGACUGUUUUCUACCCUGGCAGUUUGUUUACUGUGAAAACUCAUCCUGCUUGGUGUGGGAGUGAUUAGUAGCGGUGCAUGGGGAGUUUUUUUAGUGGCUUGUUGUGUUAAAUGGAUCCUCUGUGAAAGAAGAAGGGCAGGAGGGAGGGAGGUAAAAGGUCACCAUGGCUCGCGCUGAUCAGGUGACAAAUGUGGCAAAGUCGGGCUGCGUCCGGACUUUUCACACGAAAUUGCACUAAACUUAGAAAACAAUGACAAACCAGGGGACGCAUUACAGCACAGGGGACGAGCUUGAUGAAGCCUUGUCGUUUGGUUAUUAUGAUGAAGAUGAUGAUGAUGAUUUGGAUGCAUUUACAGAGGAUGGAGUGUGCGGCUGCGAUGAAGGAGUGUUGGGCUUCCGAGAUCCCUUCUGCAGUGAGGUGAAGCCUCGCAUCCUGCUGAUGGGUUUACGGCGCAGCGGCAAGUCUUCCAUCCAGAAAGUGGUCUUCCACAAGAUGUCCCCCAACGAGACUCUGUUCCUGGAGAGCACUAAUAAGAUCUGCAGAGAGGACGUGUCCAACAGCUCGUUCGUCAGCUUCCAGAUCUGGGACUUUCCUGGUCAGAUCGACUUCUUCGACCCCACCUUCGACUACGAGAUGAUAUUCCGGGGCACGGGAGCGCUCAUUUUCGUUAUCGACUCACAGGAUGACUAUGUGGAAGCAUUGAGCAGGCUCCACCUCACUGUGACUCGAGCCUAUAAAGUCAACCCAGACAUCAACUUUGAAGUGUUCAUCCAUAAAGUGGACGGCCUUUCCGACGAUCACAAGAUCGAGAAACAGAGAGAUAUACACAAACGCGCCAACGACGACCUGGCAGACGCCGGCUUAGAGAGGAUACAUUUAAGCUUCUACCUGACGAGCAUCUAUGAUCACUCCAUCUUCGAGGCGUUCAGUAAAGUGGUGCAGAAGCUCAUUCCACAGCUCCCAACUCUGGAGAAUCUACUCAACAUUUUUAUAUCUAAUUCAGGGAUCGAAAAGGCGUUUCUGUUCGACGUGGUCAGUAAGAUCUACAUUGCCACAGACAGCAGUCCAGUGGACAUGCAGACAUACGAGCUGUGCUGCGACAUGAUUGAUGUCGUCAUCGAUAUUUCCUGCAUCUAUGGUUUGAGUGAAGAUGUAGCCGGUUCGCCGUACGAUAAAGAAUCCAUGGCCAUCAUCCACCUCAACAACACUACAGUGAUGUACCUUAAAGAGGUCACCAAAUUCCUGGCACUCGUCUGUUUCCUCAGGGAAGAGAGUUUUGAGAGAAAAGGACUCAUCGACUACAACUUUCACUGCUUCAAGAAGGCCAUAGAGGAAGUGUUCGACCUGCGACUGAAGGUGCUGAGAAACCGUAAACUUCUGAGCCAGAGGAGGUGGAGCAGGCAGAAUGUGCCGAACGGGACACACACUCAGCACCACUGAAGGACACGACGUGACUUCAUGUUAAGAAUAAACCAAGCCAAAUUAUUCAUACAGACUAGAUUCACAACUAUCUUAAUUUUCAGUGUGUUAACAAAUUUUUAAAUAUUUAAUUUAAAUAUUAAUAGAAAACCACAUGUGUGACAUCCAGUCUUUAGAUUUUUAAAAUUAUAAUAGUAAUAUUAAAUUUGUCAGUUAAUUAAAUUCAUAGCUGACAGUAGAUUGACGUUAGAUGUGUGAUAUUAGUUUACUGACUGUAAUGUGACUCAGUGUGAAUGACCCAAUGAGUGGGAAGAGAAGAAUGAUUAUUAUAUAUAUAUUUUUGUUGUUGUUUUUAGAGACUACUACAACUGAAUUGCCAUAGGCUUCGGUAGAAUUGCCACCAAACGUUACAAUUUUUUUAAACAGCGAGGAUAGAGAAGGACAGGUUGAGAUGAAACACUGAAGGGACACAGAUUUAAAGGCAAAAAACAAGAAAUGUAUGCAAUGUUUCCUUUGGUUCGCCCAGUGUAGACAAUCGGAUAAGACAUGCUUGGGGUCUUAUAGCUACCAGUUUGCCAUCUAGCUACAGACAUAGUUUGGAUUAGUAAUGUCAUUUGCGCACAUAGAACCGCAGAGACAGAGAGAUAUUAGAGAUAUAGAGAGAUAUUUUCACCCAAAUCAUUGCUAACAAUCAUUGUGGAUUUUUACUCAUCGAGAAGUAAUUUUAAAAAUCGUCGACAGGUCUUCUUUUCCAUAUUUAAAGCGUGAAAUGAUUCAGACUGUCGCUAUUUUUAAAUUUAUUAUUAUCAAAUGCUGUACUUGUCCAACCAAGCUUGAAUUAACAACUAUAGCUACAACUCAGGCUACAAAUUACAUUUCUGUCUACAAUUCUUUUCUAGGCUGCAGUGACCGAGGAAUAGAAAUAAAUCAGUUCAAUAACUAUGCAAAAUAAUAAUAAUAAUAAUAAUAAUAAUAAUAAUAAUAAAACCGUCUUAAAAUGUACCUGUGUAAAUGACCUGCCAGAACUGAGAGUGCACAGCAUGGAAGCUCAUGUCCAAUAACAGAAUCCUCCUUAUGGCUCAAUGCUUCUACCUUGGAUGAAAGAUGCUCGAUUUACAGCAGUGUCUGGGAGGUUUUUCCACCAUGUUUAACUCCGGCCUCAGUAGCAUCCGAAAACAAGACUGGAUCAGCCUCUGAUUUGCGCACCAUUCUACCUAAGUCUCUUACACACAGUGAUAGCAGACACGGUGCUGAGGAAUAACGUACUUAGCCUCCAUGAUGGCCACUCCAGUUUUUUUUUUUUGUAUGUUCUUAGCUCGGCAACAUCCUUUUGUACAGGUUAAAAGAUAACAAAGAUAGAAACCACUUAAAACAAAUCUGACAUACUGAACUCAACCCAGUUUGAGGCGGAUGUGUGAUGAUGUGACAUAAUAGGACCUAGAGGCUAUAACUUUAGCUUUUAACCUUGUAGCUCCAGUACAAAAUUAAAACAAGCAAAUUUGGACACAAAACAUGUUUGGUGGCUACAUUUGGGCGAAAGGGAAAUUGCGUUUCAUUUUCUGCUGGCCUGUUGCUUUAAGAUUGCAAAAAUGUUUCUUUUUGCUUUCUUUUAGCUUAUACGUUUUUUGUUAGAAAAAAAAGUUGAAUGUAGAAAGUGCGUACAUUUUUGUACCAUUUGCACAAAUCUCUCCUUUUUUAUAAAACCGAUCUAUAUUUCAUUUUUAAAAUUCACUCCUGCACACUGACAUUUGUUACUGUUUCUUGGAAACAAAAUAUUUUUUAAACGUUGUAUGCUAUAGAGAAAAAGUUGUAAAUUAUUGUUAAAGAAAGAAUACGGUGGGAGGUCAGUUAUUAGGAAUUAAAAUUUUAAUCAGAUCAAUGUUUAGUUUUGUGUGAACUUCACUAAUUUAGGACAAUUAGAUUAGUUAGGUGCUAAUUAUGCCUUUUUUUAAACGUAAUGAAAUCAAUGUUCAACUGUAUGCUUUACAUAAUCAACAACUAAGCCUUAAUUUUUAUCAUUUCAGAAUAGUUCCAGUUUGAAACUAAUUUUAAGUGUUAAGAUAAAUUAGUGUUGAGCUCUUUAUACUCACUGUGUACUAUGCGGCUAAGUUGCUGUAUAUUUAUUUAUUUAUACUAUUAAUAAAGAAUAUUACGUAA